GCUGUGUUGGGCUUGUCCACGGCUCGGGGCGAUGCGUCACCAUUGAUUGAUUGAUUGAUUGGCGGCAUGAUCCGGGAGGGAGAGGUGGAAGGAUCUGUAUGUUUUCAUCCCCUAUGGAAGGAGCUACCAUCUAUGGAAGGAGCUGUCAGAUGUGAUGCCUAGAUGGGUAAUGAAAGGGGUUAUAGUCUGUGGCACACGAGGAGCGAAGUGCGGAAUACCUGCAUAUGAUUACUGAAGGCCGAACGUAAUGAGUUUCUGGCAGAGGACGAAGCUGCAGCUGGCCGCAGCAUGAGGUGUAUCCUGGGAGAGGAGGGAGAUGGCACUCUGCUUGAGGUGGUUGUCAGUAGAGGUUGUGCGAAUGUGACGUGCCGAGGAGGAGGAGGAGGAGGAGGAGGAGGAGAAGGAAGCAGAGUUUGAUGCUCACCAUUACUGUUGUUUUCUUCAACUGACGUGGAAGAUUGAGUAGGAUGGAGGCCCCAUUAUCGUCCGAUAAUGAGGAUCCAGUUAUUGAUAGCGGUUUUCGGGAAGGAGAUGAUGGGGAAGAGGGGCCCGGGGGAGGGGCCCGGAUGAAACUCAGCAAUGGCAUGUGGUCACAUGAGGUGGAGAAGUUGCCGGCAGGAGAAUUGGGAGAGGGGAGGGAUUGGGAGGCAGGAGAAUUGGGAGAGCAGAGGCAUUGGGAGGCAGGAGAAUUGGGAGAGCAGAGGGAUUGGGAGGCAGGAGAAUUGGGAGAGCCGAGGGAUUGGGAGGCAGGAGAAUUGGGAGAAGGGAGGGAUUGGGAGGGACGUGAGGGGUUUGCGGAUGAACCGCAUGUUGCUGAGCUGUAUAGACCUAUGCCGCUGAAUCCUCAUCAGCAUAGGAACCUUAAUACAAGCUCCCGUUGGCCAUGGCUCCCUCCCUACACCUCCGCUCCCUACACCUCCUCUGCAUCAUCUUCUGCGUCGUCAUCUGAGGGGGAGGGGAUCGAGUUUUCAACAGGGGCACCUCUUCUUCCCGUCAGUACCGGUUACGGCGGUACAGGUAAUGACUUCCAUCCUCGUUCAGAGUACACGGGCGGGGAGUGGAAGCCGGCGCUCGCUGUGGAGGGACCUGUGGCAGCAACAACCGUGUUGCCGAACCCGGGGGUGGCCACGAAUAAAACGAACAGGAGGGGGAAGACGAACAGGAAGACGAAGACGAAGAUGAAGAUGAAGACGACGAAGAAGAAGAAAAAGUGGAUACACGGAGUUGUGAGUUGCUUCCUGUCUAUUUUUUGGGUUCCGAUCAUAGAAUUUGUAGUGUGGUGGUUUGAGCUUGUCAGCGCCUUUGGGGUGUCGCUCGUUCUCUGCAUUGUCAUUGUCUAUGGUGUGUCUCAGGGUUUCUGCGAAAGUUUGCUUGAUUUGGCGACUACCUUCUUUUGGAAAGAUGUAAAAUUGGUAAGUGGAGCUCGAGCGCAGUCGUUUCAGGCCUAUUCUGCCAUUCCCUGGGACUUAAAGCCUAUCUACGGUCUUGUUAUCGACAGCUUUCCUUUGUUCGGAUACCAUAGACGAUCGUAUCUCUUCAUGUCGGCUAUUUUGGGCAUUGCCGCCUGCGUGUUCUUGGCUGCCGUCGUCUUCUCCUCCAAUGCCGUUGAGGUGCUGAUCAUGGCGGUCUUGAACUUCUCGAUUGCGUUGCCGGAUGUCGUGACCGACGCUGUUGUUUCUCAGCAGACGCAUGUCUGCCCCGACAAGGGGGCGGACCUGCAGAGCUUGUCGUGGGGAGCGUUCGCUGUGGGAGGGUUGUUUGGUUCAGGCGUCAGCGGUCCCGCUGUGGAGUCCAUAAAACCUCGCGGGGCAUUCGGGCUUCUCACUUGCGCGCCUGUUAUGCUGUUCGUAGCCGCUGCACUCUUGCCCGAUUCCCGUGUCCCUGCCGCUGAGCGGAACUUGAGGGUUGACUUCCUCUUCUCCGCCGUCAGGAAGCUUUGUACCACUCUAGCGCGCCCCAUGGUCUGGCGAAGCGCUCUCUACAUGUUCAUUGCUGAAGCGGCUGCUCCUACCAUAUCCGAUACGUUGGUCUACUGGUCCACGUCGGCGCAGGACGGGCCCAAGUUCAGUGAGAAGUUCAUAGGGAUCAGUAACAUGAUCGGGCUGCUCGGACUUCUUGUUGGCAUCACCAUAUAUAACCGUUUCCUGAAACGAGUUCCUUACCGAAAGAUCUUCCUUGCUGCCCAGAUCUUGUUAAUCGCGGCCGGGAUGCUGGACUUCGUCCUCGUCACUCGUCUAAAUCUUCGAUUCAGCGUUCCCGACGACGCCUUUCUUCUCGGCGAUGCUGCGGUGAGCGAAGCUGUUCGGCGUCUGCGCGUAAUGCCGCUCCUGGUUCUCGCAGCAAAGCUUUGCCCGCCGGGCAUAGAAGGCACGCUUUUUGCGUUUCUGAUGUCUACACAAAACUUUGGCAACCAGGUCUCCUUUUGGCUCGGUUCAUCCAUUCUUCGGUUUUUCCAUGUCGACUCGAAAUACGACGACUAUCGAAAUCUGGCGCUUGUGGUGCUUAUUCGCAACGCAAUGAGGGGAUUGCCGAUUCUAGCACUAUGGCUUGUGCCGAAUGUCAGCCCAGAGCUUGAUCUGGAAGAAAUGGAGAUGGCGGCAGAGCAACAGCUCUCGCCCCGACAGUUUCGUGGAGGAGGGGUAGGAGGGGUAGGAGGGUUGGAAUGCGCAAACAUGACGGUGCUCUCAGGGAAAAGGGAGGAGGAGGAGGAGGAUGGCACAGCCGGUGCAGUGACGGCAGAGGAGGAGGAGGAAGAGGAACUGGACCCCGGAAAGGAAGAGCUGCUCCCACUUGCCCCGUUGUCUAUGCCCCGCUCCGAUGACCCCAUGUUCCUCGAUCUCGAGAAAAAGAGCGAUGAACGGUCCGACGGUCGGAGGAGAGGUGGUAGGGUCGUGUUCGAGGACGGUAUGCCUGUUGUCUCGAUCGACUGAAAAAACAGCAGCGCGCUGUCACGUUUCCGAUUGAGCCUUGAACGGCCAUGAAGAACGAUGGUUAUGGGUUGAUAAACUUAGUAUGAUACAACAAACUUGAAUGAAGACAUAAUUCCGGCCAGAUUCAUCAUAAUUAUGCCCAGGUGUUUGGGUCCCACCUGACGAAAGGGGGGGUGGGAUUUUGUGAGGGCAGGGGGGUUGAGGGGAGAGGAAGGGAGGGGAGAGAGAAGAGGGGGGGGUUGUCGGGGAGGGACGGGGGGGAGGGAAGGAGGUUGGUAGUGGCAAGGGCAAGGGGGUCCUUUUGACUGUCAUCAGUCGCUGUUCACGAAAAGCCGGCAGGCUACUUGUACUGAGGUUGAGGCCUGGCUGCAGCAGGACGGCACCCCGUUGUGAUGAGGAUAUGAAACCAGCCUGAACCUCAUGCAAAAUGCGGACCAUGUGCACUUAUUCCCACCACACUGACCACAGUCAGGUGCAAUUAUAGCCCUGUGGUGCCUGGCUAACCCAACCUGCUUUUUCUGCAUGCAGACGAGUUUUCAACUGACCUGACGCAACUAGAGCCUUGUGGACCUCCAGGCAAGACUGAACCUGGCGCGAAUGUCGGUCAGGUGCGGACAAUUCAGGCCUCCUGCAGUCUGGCUAGCAUAAACCUGGCCCGUAACCUGGCUGUAGUGCAGAGCAGGUGGGAGCAAUUUUGGCCAUAUGCAAGUUUUCAACUAACCUGACGCAACUAGAGCCUUGUGGGCCUCCAGGGGAGACUGAACCUGGCCCGAAUGUCAAUCAGGUGCGGACAAUUUACGCCUCCUGCAGCCUGGCUAGCAUGAACCUGGUCCGUAACCUGGCUGCGUAGUGCAGAGCAGGUGGGAGCAUUUUUGGCCAUCUGCAACCGGGCUAGCAUGAACCUGGACUGUAUGGUGACUAGUUGCAUUCUAGCCUGCCACAGUUCUGGCUGGUCUUGUGUGGCCUGCCUAGCAUGAACUUGAUCGUCAUGAAGACUAGGAACGUAAAAACGGGUCCACUAAUCGUGGUGGUCCACAUGAAGACUACCGUCUUCCCUCCCUGAACACGAGGGCACCCUCAUUAUGACUGUGCCAGACCAGAAACAUAGCUUGUAUACCGUCAUGAUGACAGUGCAUUUUAUAGAGGGGAAGGUGGUACGUUUGUGGACAAGUUCAUGUUAUAGACUGCUGGGGCCGUGCUGCUGGCCUAAUAAUGGCGUAGAGCAACCUUGACAUCCUGAACCUGGUCCGAAUGUAGAUCAGGUGCAUGCUAUUCUGGCACAGUUAUAUAACCUUCCUUAUGCAGUUUGGCAUGGACGAACCUGGUCCACAAGCAGAUCAGGUUCAUGCUAAUCUGACACAAUUAUUCUACACUUGUGAGACCUGGGUAGCCUGAACUUGGCCAAAAUCCGGACCAGGUUCAUGCUGCCAGUCUAAAAAAACUAGCCUGACCCUGGUCCAAAUGGAGACCAUGUUCGUGCUUAGUUUGGCACCAUCAUUGUCCGGCUUCGCUUUGGCGAUCUGGCCUAUCCCGACAACGA